CGGGAUGCGCAGCCGCCUCUGGCUGGGCCUAGCCUGGCUGCUGCUGGCGCGGGCACCGGGCGCUCCGGGAGGGUACCCGCAUCUGGAGGGCGACGUGCGCUGGCGCCGCCUCUUCUCCUCCACUCACUUUUUCCUGCGUGUGGACCUUGGUGGUCGGGUGCAGGGGACGCGUUGGCGGCACGGCCAGGACAGUAUAGUGGAGAUCCGUUCUGUCCGUGUGGGCACUGUGGUGAUCAAAGCUGUGUACUCAGGCUUCUAUGUGGCCAUGAAUCGCAGGGGCCGCCUCUAUGGGUCGCGGGUCUACUCUGUGGACUGUAGGUUCCGGGAGCGCAUCGAGGAGAACGGCUACAACACAUACGCCUCUCGACGUUGGAGGCACCGCGGCCGACCCAUGUUCCUGGCACUUGACAGCCAAGGCAUUCCCAGGCAAGGCAGACGGACGCGACGACACCAACUGUCCACACACUUCCUGCCAGUCCUGGUCUCGUCUUGAAGGGCCUGCCGAUGGUUCAGGAGGCAUGGGCGGCACACAGGGCCUGGAAGAUGCGGAGCUGAGCAACCAAGGGCCAGGCCAGAGACCCUGGGCCAACACGCGUCUUUAUGUCACAAGCCGGGUGCCCACUGGCUGCCAGGCAUGGAGACAUGGCAGGGUCCCUGCAAGUGAAGCCAGCGCUCAGGGGGAUACACAGAACUGGCAGUUUCCAUCCAUCUAGUUUGGAGGUGAGAAGACUGGGCACAGCACGGAGAGGCUUGGAGGUGGGGACACACACCAGGUGGAUGAGGAAAGCAGACAGGGAGGACCGGGGAGGGUGGACAUGUUGCGGAGGGCAGGGCCCAGGUCAGCGGGAACAUAGACAUGUUCGCCCACGUGGCCAAAGUUUGGGGCUGGAGUUAAGAGCACUUCUUGUUCUUCCAAGGGGCCUGAGUUCUCCCACAUCAGGAUGCUCACAACCAUCCAUAUCUCCCACCCCAGAGGAUCUGACUCCCUUUUCUGUUCUCUGCAGGCACUUGCACUCAUGUGCACAUACCCUGCACAUAUACACAUAUAAAAAAAAAAAGGUUUUCUUGAGACAAGGUCUGUACAUAACCCUGCUGACCUGGAAUUCACUAAGUAGACUAUGCUGGCCUGGAACUUAGAGAUCUGCCUGUCUCUGCUUCCUGAGUAUUAGGAUUAAAGAUAUGCACCACCAUGCCAGGCUGACGUGGGGCCUCUGAACACUAUGUGUUCAAUGCCUGAGUUCCCUGGAGUCACUGGAAGGGACAGCCUGAGGAGGCUAGUGUCAGGUGGCCAUCAACAAUAAAUGUUUUGAGCCUGGGUGUGCAUGGUUGCUUGUUGGAGGCAGGACACACACACUGUGCUGAGAGCUUUCAGAAUGGAUGCUCUGGUCCUUGCCAGGGAAGGCCAAGGCUAUCACUCCAGCAUCUCCAGGGAACGGCAGUCUGCACAGCAUCUGUGGGUGGCAUCCUUCCUGCUACAGACUUUCAGGGUGGGAUGUGGCUGGCAGCCUUUGUCAUUUAAGCACCACUGACCUGCGGAAGCCAAGACUUACACCCCAGACAAUGACAGGGUAGGAGGCAGCGAUCCCAGCACGGGGCUGAGGUAAGAUGAUCCUCUAGGUUCUUCAUGUCCUAAACUUGAGGACAGGAUGGGCAGGUCAUAGCAUUGCUGAAAGCAGUGACUACUUUAGGCCGUAGAGGUGUUUUGGGUCUUCUCCAUUAAGCUUGGGAGCAGGAGGGCUAGGGACUUGCUCAGCCAUGGUAAUCCUGGCGUGGUAUAUGUAGGCCUCCUGUCAUACAUGCUGCCAAGUCCAUCACUCGAACCAAAGACAAGUGUGUGGGAUGAGACUACAGGCCCACUGCCUGGUCACCCGCUGCAGGGCUGCACCAGGCAACUUCCCACCCCAGCAGCUCUGGAUGAAGUCUUCCGGUCUUGCCUCCUACCAACCACUGCCGAGGGCUGGGUUCCAUCAAGCCUUUGCCAGAAGCUCCAACCCACCCUGUGCACUGCCCCACCAUGCAGUCAUGGACACCCUGGCUGAAGGAAGACGCCAAGCCAUGGGCUCUGCUUUUUUGAGUAGGUGUAUUUUAAAUAGCUUUCCAGAUAACACACAUUUCCCUU